AUGGGGGUGGUGUCCUGCUUUUCCUCUUGUUUUUGUUUGUUUUUAUUUUCUAUUUUUGAUAUUAUUUUCUCUUCCAACCAAACAGAAGGAACGAAGAGUAGACCCUUCAUGUCGACUCUUGUGGAGAUGGAGCACGGCGGUGUAGACGACGGCGAUCGUGAGGACGCCGUGAAUGAGGCCAGCGUGGAUUUGGAGCAGUUGCAACUCAUUCAGCUUUGUUUUGGUGAACAUGAGUUUGGUGUGGCACUUGACAAAGACGUGACGGAUGAGAGAGACGAAAAGCAUGAUGGCGUUGGAUCCGACCUCUUGCGGCAAAGGAACAAAACCCACCAAAACGGCGUCGUCAUCGCAUUCGACUUUGAUCCCAUUCAGUUUGUGCAAGAGAAGUUGGAUCACGGCGUGCCGCUCCGUAGUUUGUGCCGUGAUCUUGAGGCUUACGCAACGCUACUUGACAGGAGCAUUUUGCGACAUGUUAACAUGGACGUCCAUGACGCCUUUGUGAAGGUGUCUGGGCACCUCGUUGGGAUGCAGGAUGAACUGCGUUGUGUGCGGCAGUCUGUGCUCGCCGCCGUGAAGAGGGUUGAGGAUGCGAUGGAGAAACUCUCGCGGCUUGAAGAAACGGUGAGUGGCCAAAUUCGAGACGCAACCGAAGUGGAGCUGACACGUCUAUUUGAUGUGGUUUUUCUUAAGAUCCUUUUGAUGUUUGAUUUGCUCUGUGGCCGAGUUGAGGCGCUUCCUUCUUGUCUGCGUUGCUCAGAGAUGGUCAACAAGCAGCAAGCAGCACCACCACCGCCACAACAGCAGCAGCAGCAGCAGCAGAUGAAACACAUGGAGAGCUCCUCCUCGACAGUUGUGGUGAUGGCGGUGGGAAACCCACAUGUUUUUGAGGCAAUUUUUGAUAUCGCCGUCACAGUACAGCAGUGGAAAGCCCUUUAUCAGACUCUGCCAAAACUUCCACAACGCGCAAAGGAGUAUGAGGAGGCUUCAGAGAUUCUUCGAGAGGGCACAAAGUUGUCGCAUCAAGUGUUUGCAAAAGUAUACAUUGCAUUCCAUCAGGCCUAUCUGCAGGCCCCACGAGAGGAGUUAAAGCAGGCAUUGCGUGAUGUCAUGGGAUUGUACUGCACCUCUGGGGAGUUUCAGGAGUUUUGCCGGAUGUAUCGUGAGCGGAUUCUGAGACCGCUGCUGGAGUCUGUGCUCUCAUGGCGGGCCGCAACACAGGCUCGGUACAAUCUGGAGGAGACCAUCAGCCUUCUCACAACUCUGCGGGAUCAACUGGAGACAAAAGUAUUAUGUUUCUUACCGAUAAUAUGGGAAGCUUUUGAGGAAACUGUGCUACCGAUCCCAAUGAUUAUAUGGCCAACCUUAUGCGAGGCACUUGUAAAGAAGAUGGUUGCGCUGUACGACAUUGGCGUGGCGGACGCCUUUCAGCGGCGUUAUGUUGCAGCCCAUGAACUGCUUGCUCUCAUGAUGUCAAACUGCAACUCUUCGGAGGAGUUACGGGUGCUGAUGCGGUCGCCGGAUGUUGCACUGUGGAAGCAUAAGUGGAAUACUGAUGUGUACGGCACGAUACGGGCCAAUGAAUUAUCGAAGAAAAUAGAGGACGCCAUCCAAAUUUUUCGUGCAACGCCAGUUGAAAAAUUGGCCCAAAAAUCCCUCAAUCAGUCCGAAGAACAUGUUACGGGGGGCGCUAGAUUUCGCAUGGAGCUUUUCACAAAACUAAAGGAGGCGCUGGAUUGGCUGUUUUCUCCUGAGACGUACAUUUACAUCUUGACGCCGAAAUUUAUUCGUGAGGCGGCCGUUGCAACGCGUCGGGUGGUGCAAAGUUUUCUGGAGCACACAGAGGGAGCUCAAAAUGGUACUUUGAUGCAGGACUGGCUCCAUUUCGUUAUGGGAGCCUGCGCCGAUCUUGAUGUUCUCGUGGCGUACUUUGAAGGACCUUUUUGUGCGCGACUAGAAAAGGAGAGUCGAACGCCCUUCCCCGUUUCAUCCCCUCUUAUUCAACUCCUCACGCAAGAUACGUGUCGUGGCGCUGUUUUAUCCCUUCAACUUUUGGUGCGGAGUCGUGUGGCGGAAGAAUGUGUUGUUGGUCUUCAGAAUAUUCGCUCUGUGAGAUCGGCGUAUUCGCACAUGCACAAACCCUUUCCUACGGCACCGUCUUGGUACGUUCCCAGUAUUGUAGAGCCACUGCAGCGUCUUGAUGCGUCAGUGCGUUCAUUAAUGCCUUUAGAGACCCAUCAUGUCGUUAUGACGGAGUUGGUGAAGGACGUGGCGAGCCGAUUUCGUGCGCUGGCCAAGGAAACACUUGUGACGGCGAAGAAGACAGAACAGAGUUGGGAAAAGUUGCGACGCCGAAAAGAAACCACAAGCGGUGGACGUGGCCCGGAUGCUGAGGCACCAUCGGGGAGCGAACAUCCUUCUUCCUCUUCUGCUGCUGUGCGACCCACACAAGAGACAGCGUCGGACCGUGACAAGAUGACGCUUCAGUUGUACCUGGAUGCCAAGGCCUUUGUCAAUGAAGUGGAGAAAACACUGGGACCCGCUGUGAAGACGGAGGAGCUUGAUGCCGUGGAUGCACUGUUUAAACUGCUGCGCCGGGCCAACUGGAUUAUGGGCGAAGACAUACCCGAGCCACCAGACAUUGAUGAAUCUGACCCAUGA